AACCUUUUUUAGCUGUGUCAUGUGCUUAUUGAGCUGUAUUUCUCAUUAACACACUAAGCCCACCCCUCCCUCUCCUUUCUUUUUUGUAUUGCGUUAUACGUAAUAUGGAACACCAAACACUAUUACACCAGGAUAGUUAUAAGCACAAUUUCGUCAUUGAAGAAAAGAUCAAGUCCAUCGUCUCCCUCGACUCUGCCAUUAGUGCAAUUUCCACCUCAAAGGAUGUCCGCAAUCCCAUACGUAUUGACCUAGACCAUGCUCAUUCAUAUAUUUAUCUUCCUGGGGAAAUUAUCAGUGGGUUUGUUACUGUUGAGCCUUGUUCUCGUAAGAAUCGAGGAAGAGUAGAUAUCCAGUUAUCUUGCUCUUUUCGCGUCUUAUCCGAUGAUCUCCACAAGGUGACAAAGAAACGUUCAAUAUUCAAAGUCAUGAUUAAUCCUAUUUGGAUACCUGAAAAUGAAUAUCAAUCAAGAUUUUCGUUAACGAUACCACCCGACCUUCCAGCUUAUAAUGUGAAUGAUGAGUCUAUCAAUGGGAGAAUCGAAUACAAGUUAAAGGCCACUUAUGAAAUAGCAGCUGAUAUGCCCUUAGUAUUAUACCCAAAAACCUCUGUGCUAAUUCUAAUUAGUGCAAAGAUAUCAACAACGGAUCCAAUUUACACCGUUCCAAUACAUAGUCGCAAGGAAAUCUCCAUUAGUAUCCCACGAGAUGUUGUGCUUAAAAAUAAGAAACUUCGAAAGGGGGAAAAAGGGAUAGUUUCAGCCAAAUUUAGCCUAAGAACUUGUUGCUUUUUACCGGGUCAGAGUAUCCCUUUUACGCUUGGCAUACAGCAUAUGGCACCUGUCAAACAAAUACAGGGUAUACAGAUUUUGUUGGAAAGAAUCACUACAUUGCAGGGAGAAAGUGGGAAUUCAAUCGAUACCACCGUCAUUGACAAAUUGAUUUUACCACUCGUCUGUGAUUUGGAUGAUUACUCUGCUUAUAUUACAGAUCAAGUAUUGCAUGUCCCUAAUAAUAUAUCACCUACAAGUCAUACCAAAGGACAAGAAAUAGUGAUGCCGUUUAGUAUUCAAUAUAGCUUAAAAGUAUUGAUCAAUAUGGAUAUGCAUAAUUUCUUGGAGGAUAUUCCGCUUCGCAAAAGAGACAGAGCUUACAGUAUGAUGACGAAGAUCAUUGGAAGUUUAGAACAGGAUGGUGGUGGACCUGCAUUUUUUUACGGGACCACCAUUGAGUUGAAUUUGCCUGUGGUGAUAGGAACCACUUCAUCAUCCACAUUAAAACAGGCUUCCUCGCUCACGCCUGUAACAUUACCAAAUCGUCUCAUGAUGGUCAAUUCCCCUGAUGAUUAUCAUCCUUUAUCAUCCGUCCCGGUUCGUCAACAGGGUCUUAGUAAUAUUAGUCGUCGUUUAUGCAGUGAUCCAACUUUUGAUAGAACAAAUCUUAUUCAGCAACAACACCAAUUUUUAUCGACUGCGUCAUUAUUUGAUCAAGGGGAACAAGUGAUGGGGAGACCGCCUUCUGCUCCACCACUUGUUGAUUUUCAAGAUCUCACUAGUCCUCCACCUUAUCUACAAUAAGGUGUCUUUCUUCUUCUCUACCUUUUUAUUAAAUUUAUAAUAUAUACAUACAAACUCAUUUA